GUAUGGAUUGAAGAUUUUGACAAAGAAAUAAAAAAAUCAAAUCAUAAUGUUUUACUCAUCCUAGAUGGUGCCUCUUCACAUGUUACUGACACUGGUAUUAUUGUAUCAUUUAAGACUCAUUAUCGUCGCAUGCAACUUCAACAUGCACUGGAUCUUGAUGAAGCUGGGAAACGCGAUAUAUAUAAAAUUGCCUGGAAUGAAAUAUCUGCUAAUAUGAUUAAAAAUUGCUGGUUUCAUAUGAAAAUUAUAUCUCUACGUAAUGAGGAUGGUGUACUAGUUGUCCUAUCUCCUCCACACCCUCUUAUCGAAGAUGUGGAAGAAAGCUUAUUUGUUGAUCCAGAUGAUGAAUUAGCCAUCAUGGAGCUCUAG